AUGACCAUGGUUCCUGCUGAAAACCUUCCUCACGGCGGCGGGGGUGAAUUUUAUGGUUUUUGUGGCGGAGGAAGUAUAUACACGGAGAGUUUUGGCCAUAUGAGCCGUCUUCGUGGUGGGUAUGAUUUUCACACCGAAGCUUGCUUAGGAAUAGGAUCUGAUUUAGAAGCUGACCGCAUGGAUGAAGAUGAGUCGAGAACUAAUAGCGUUAAUGAGGCGGGCUCCAACUCCAAGGAUAAUAGCCAUCAAGAAAUAGAAUUAGAGAGAGAUGAAGAUUGGCUCCAACUCAGUAUAGGGGGUCAAACUCAGGCAACAAGAUAUGAUCGCAACAAGCACGGCCAAGACGAUCCAACGGCCGGAACAGGAGGGUUGCUUGAGCUGGAUCUAUUACCCGGUGGUAGCUCGCAACAAGCGAGGCCAUUAGCCCGAAUCUUUCAUAUGCCCGAGUUUCGAGCACCACCACCGCUCAUGCAUAGUUUUAGUACAUCUUUAUUCUAUCAACACCAACAACAAGGGAGCAGCUCCAUGUUUAGGCCGAUACCCUCAUCUUCUUCUUCUUUUUUGAUGCCAUUCGGGUCCUAUUUUUCCAGACCAUUUCAGGUGCAAUUCGAAAUGCAAGUUGCAGGACCGUGCUCGGAUGUUACAAUCAUUGAUCCUCCUAGAAGACCCCAUUAUGGCAUUUGGUUUGUGCUUCAAGCAUCGCAAAACCAAGCAAACGAACCGUUCCUGCCUCAAAUUCCAAAGAGCUACCUGAGAACCAAGGACGGGAAGAUGACAGUGCAGUUAUUAAUGAAGUAUCUGGUUAACAAGCUGCCACUACAAAGCGAAUCAGAGUUGGUACCGCAGGUAGAGAUAACAUGCAGAGGGAAACAGCUUCAACCUUGCUUGACGUUGCAGCAAGUAAGAGAUGAAAUAUGGGGUUCAAGGGAGGCAGUGACUUUGCUUCCACAUACAUCAACAGCUGAUCAUCUCAUGGUUUUGCACUAUGGCAGGAACCCUAAUUGA